AUGGCCGACGUGAUGCAGCCUCAAUCCUCUACACCGGCUCUCUCCCUCAUUGACCUUGAGGAUGGAGAGACCACACCUACUGGCUCGAGCUCCAAUGGCAACAAUGCCUCUCGCCGACCGCCGAGGAAGAGCACUCUCACCCAGCAGCAAAAGAACCAGAAGCGUCAACGGGCCACGCAGGAUCAGCUCAUGACUCUGGAGAUUGAGUUCAACAAGAACCCCACGCCCACUGCACUCGUGCGCGAGCGCAUAGCUCAGGACAUUAACAUGACCGAGCGCUCCGUUCAGAUCUGGUUCCAAAACAGGCGAGCAAAAAUAAAGAACAUUGCUAAGCGUAGCAUCGAGAGCGGCGAAGACUGCGACAGCAUCCCCGAGUCGAUGAGGCAAUAUCUGGCAAUGCAGGCUUACGGCCCGGGAAAGGGCAUGCCUGCUGCGAUGAUGGGCCGCGGUCCGGGGUUUGCGCCAUAUGGCAAUGGUAGCAUGUGUCUCAACACAGACGCAUCUUCUGGCAAGGUUGUCAUUCAGCAUUUCCACUGUCGUUCGCUGUCCAUUGGAACAUGGCGUCGCGUGGGCCAAAGCACAAUGGAUCUGGUCGUCUUUUACUCCCCCGACAAGGCUUGCGUGACRUACUACAUCAACAACGACUCGGCUGGAUACAAGAUUGAAUACCCAUUCGCUUGGAUCAAGAACAUCACACUGCAGCAGGGCGAUGUCAUUGCAGSAGCUGAAGGUGCAUCUCAACGCUCCGGUGGACUAGUAAUCGAAUUGACACGGCCGCCAAAGUUUUACAUGGACAGCUCUGGUAGCGGUGGAUUUUACGAGUGUGGCGACUUUACGGAAGAUCAGCAAGCAAGCCAGGUCAUGGUACAUCAAUUGGGAGGUCCUUCCAAAGUUCUUAGCGGGCAGCUGGCGAAACUGGUUUCUCUCGAGUCAUACCAAAACCGACACAGCCACACCAUGUUUGAUCCAAGCGCAUUCGCAGUAUCAGCUCCUGUAUCGCCUGUCGGACACCGCCCAGCAAGUCAGCCCAACCACUUGAUGCACCCGCACAGUGGCAUGCAUCUCUUCCCUCCACAGGACCCCAACGCAGGUCUCAUGGGCCCACCCGGACCUCGUGGUCACAAACGGCAACGUAGUCGCUCCGUUCCUGUCGCGGUUGAUUUCAACAUGCUCCGAAACGGACCGAUGCCCUCGUUCUUGAUCCAGCACGAGGGCCAGAACGCGCCACAACCUUUGUCAGACACCAACAUCUUUGCUCCCAUCCCGCAGCAUCAGCAGCACAACAGCUUCACUGCGGGCAACGAUUCUCACCUGAGCAUUGAUACAUCUUCUGGCUACAUGGGUCUGCCUUUCGCUGGCGCACUCUCUGCUACCACGGCAAACUCACCGAGUGACUUUGGCACACCCGGUUUCUACAGUGCUGGGCCUGCUGCGGAUGGCAUGCAAGCAUCACACUUCAACUCUCCAUUCAACAGCGGGUUCCUCGCCGUCGAUCAAGCAUCAAUGAUUGGCACCAGCAACACUCCCCUGUCGAUGGCCAGCCACGGCGACCCUGUCAUCGCGGACCACUCCCCUCCCCUCAAUGGAAUGGGACGCAGUCACAGCGCGGAUAUUUUCGGCACGCCUGGCGAGGGUUCCCAAAUGGGCGAUGACAGCAUGUAUCUUUCCGAAUCAUUCAACAAGCAGAUGGCACUUCCAUUCCGGACCCCGCUUGGCGAUGAUUCCUUCCACUCGCCCAUGCCUGAUGGCAUGUUCAACUUUCAAUCCCCACCAGCCACUGGCUCUGACAGCCACGGCAACAUGAGCAUGUCUGCCCAGUCACAGAUGCAUUUCGUUCCAAGCCCUCAGCAUAGCCAGGACGGUCACUACCAGUCGCCCUCCCAGCAUGCCGGGCAAAUGCACAAUGACAGCGGUGUAUCUUUCUCGACACCGUCUCACAUGUCUCAGGAACAGGCGGCGAUGUUCAACAACGCACAGGAAAAUGGCAUGGUCUACCAAGAUUCGAAAGUAUACUCUAGCCCAGGACAGAUGCAGCAGCUCUCGGAUGACCAGCAAAUGUUCCACCACCACAGCCCUGGACAACAAAUGGACAUGCAUACACAGCAGAUGUAUGGCUUUGUCGACCCUCACUCUCUCGGACACCAGCAGUAA